AUGGUCCUCUCAUUUGCUCAAGCAGAGCUCAUCGGCUUGAUCCUCCACUCGUGCCUCUUCGGGCUCUAUUUGUUCCUGUUCUUCUCAAGUCUUCCGUUCAACAUCGAUGUAGAAUUCAGUGUCAGGCUCAAAGCUUUCAACAAUGUUCUGUUAACAUCGAACAUCCUUUUGUUUAUGCUCAUCUCAGCGCAUUGGGUUGUGCAAAUUGUACGGAGUCAAAGGGCGUUCAUUGGCACAAUCGGAUCUGCAGGGGAUGCAGCUUCCGCGUACUAUGCUUUCCCCGCAGAUUCUAUGAACUUACUCAAGGAGUCGCUGUAUUUGGCACAGACAUUCAUCGGGGACUGUACAAUGAUUUAUCGACUUUGGAUUGUGUACAAUAAGAGGACGUAUGUGGUCGUGCUUCCUGCACUCCUUAUGGCAGUAUAUGCCACAAGCGCCAUAGCUGUCGUGAUUGCUCUGGGAAAGACAACACCUGGCGAGAAUAUAUUCAUAUCUACGGCUGGUGUAUGGGCAAUUCUUGUCUUUUCAACAACUGUCGCUACGAACCUUCUGACUACAUCCCUCAUCACGGUCCGUAUCUGGAGAAUCAAGCGCAAGGUCAGAGGGGUGGCCCUUCAAACGGUUGGACUGGCGUCAAUACUUCACAUCAUAAUUGAGAGUGCCGCGCUUUAUACGGUUACCGCAUUGCUCACCUUGAUUGGUUACUCCACCGAGCAGCUUUGGCAGUUUAUUACAAUCGACGUGAUCAGUCCAAUUAUUGGAAUAUCGUUCACGCUGAUAUCUGUACGCGUGAGUCGUGGUACAACUAGCCAAAAUGGGUACAGCACCCACGACACUCCGAGCUCGAAUGUUGUUCGUAUACGCGGUGUUGAAAGUCGUCGGGAAGCUAUCGGCCUGGAUACCAUAUCCGUUAAUGUUACUCAGCAUGUCUCGAAACACACUGAUCUCGAAGACGGUCUGCAUGAAAGCGGCGCUGGUGAAGAAUCGCUAUCAGAGUCAGAUCAAAAACGACAUUUCUGA